AUGUCUACGAUUCAAAAAAAUUUAAAAACUGUGCAAGAAAGAAUUAGAAAUGCAUGCUUAAAGAGAGCAGUGAAUUUGUCAAAUAUUGAACCACGUUUGGUCGCCGUAUCAAAAACAAAACCAAUAGAAUCCAUUAUUGAAGCUUAUAAUUGUGGACAAAGACAUUUUGGUGAAAAUUACGUACAGGAAAUUUGGCAUUUUAUUGGUCACUUGCAAAGAAACAAGGUUAACAAAUUACUUAGUAUUCCGAAUUUAUUCGCUGUGGAAACUGUUGAUUCUGAAAAAUUAGCUGAUGCCCUUAAUAAUUACUUUAGCAAAACUGAAGACGAAAACAAAAAAAUUAAUAUUUUUAUUCAAGUCAACACAAGUGGAGAAGAAUCUAAAUCUGGAUGCAAACCCAAUGAAACAUGUAACUUAGUUAAACAUAUAAUUGAUAAUUGCAAGCAUUUGAAUGUCAUGGGUUUAAUGACCAUUGGCAAAUAUGAUAAUUAUUUAACUUCUCAGGAUAAAAUUGAUCCAGACUUUCAGUGCCUGAUCGAUUGCAAAGACAAUAUUUGUAAAAAUUUAAAUGUUACUUUUGACCAAUUUGAACUUUCCAUGGGAAUGUCUGCUGAUUUUGAACGAGCAAUUCUAGCUGGUUCAUCGAAUGUAAGAGUUGGUUCACUGAUUUUCGGUGGAAGAUCAUAG